ACUUGCCGAUGAAGAAGAUGAAAUCAGAAUCGUUGACUUUAUUACUAGUCAACCUCGCCGGAAUAAUGGAACGCGCCGACGAGUCGUUAUUGCCCGGAGUUUACAAAGAAGUUGGUAAAGCUUUGCAUACUGAUCCUACUGGACUUGGUUCUCUCACUCUUUUUAGAUCUAUAGUUCAAUGUCUUUGUUACCCUCUUGCUGCUUAUCUCUCCGGCCGUCAAAAUCGAACUCAUGUUAUUGCUCUUGGUGCUUUUCUCUGGUCUGCUGCUACCUUUCUUGUAGCCAUUUCUUCCACUUUUACUCAGGUUGCCAUUUCCAGAGGUUUGAAUGGAAUAGGACUCGCGAUAGUCGGACCAGCAAUCCAAUCUCUAGUAGCUGAUUCAACAGAUGAAAGCAACCGCGGUAUAGCUUUUGGUUGGCUACAGUUAACAGGGAACUUUGGCUCUAUCCUUGGCGGGCUUAUAUCGGUUUUACUAGCUGAAACAUCAUUCAUGGGAAUCGCUGGCUGGAGAAUCUCCUUCCAUCUUGUAGGUUUUAUUAGUGUUGUAGUUGGUAUAUUGGUGCAUCUUUUCGCCAAAGAUACUCGCUUUAUUGACAAUUAUGGCUAUGUAAAAGAGCAACCACCCCAAAAACCAUUUAGAGAAGAAGUAAGGGAGUUGCUAAAAGAAGCAAGAGCAGUUGUGAAAGUACCUUCUUUUCAAAUACUUGUUGCUCAGGGAGUGUCGGGGUCGUUCCCUUGGUCAUCGUUGUCAUUUACACCUAUGUGGUUGGAGCUUAUUGGAUUCUCCCACAAGACAACAGCAUUACUCUUGACGUUGUUUAAUGUUGCACUCUCAAUUGGUGGAUUGUUUGGAGGAAAAAUGGGAGAUGUCCUUGCAAAACACUUGCCGAAUUCUGGUAGAAUAAUUCUAUCUCAGAUAAGUUCUGGCUCAGCGAUUCCUUUGGCUGCAAUUUUGCUUCUCGGAUUGCCUGAUGAUCCUUCCACAGCUGCAAUCCAUGGUUUAGUCUUGUUCAUCAUGGGAUUAACAAUAUCUUGGAAUGGUCCAGCAACAAACAAUCCAAUUUUUGCGGAGAUAGUUCCUGAGAGAGCUCGAACAAGCAUCUAUGCUCUGGAUCGAUCAUUUGAGUCUAUACUGGCAUCAUUUGCUCCUCCAGUGGUUGGUAUUUUGGCUCAACACGUUUAUGGUUUUAAACCAAUCCCUAAAGACUCAACGGGUUCACAGGAAAUUGAAACAGAUAGAGAGAAUGCAGCCCCGCUUGCCAAGGCACUCUACACUGCUAUAGGCAUUCCAAUAACAAUUUGUUGCUUCAUCUAUUCAUUCCUUUAUUGUACAUAUCCACGUGACAGGGACCGUGCUAAAAUGGAUGCAUUAAUAGACACAGAGUUGAAACGGAUUGAUGAAACAGGCAAUCAUCCUUCCGAUGAAGAAAAUGACAUACUUCAAUAUUUUUCCGAAUCUGAUGAGCUUCACAAAAAAGAACUCACCAUGAUUGAUAUAGAUUACAAGGUAGAUGAAAGGCUUGACAACGACGAGAAAAGGCUUCUUCCAGAUCAGUUGUAAUCCUCUGAACUUUGCAGAUUGUAGAGCAAA